AUGACACAGCAUUCGACUGCUUUGCCGGCCAAUGUUAAUGGAGAAGGGAGUGUGAGACAGAGGCCAACUGCCACACAUGCUCCAGAGAAGUCGCAUGAGCAUGAGCAUAGUCAUGGUCACACACACGGCCUCUUUGGGCACUCCCAUUCUCAUUCGCAUGACCAUGGGAGCCCCGAGGAGGCUGAUCGGCUAAUUGCAGCUCUCAAAGGCAAAGGUGACCGAGGCAGCAACAUUACACUCCUGGGGCUCUUUUCUAACAUUGUCCUCUGCAUCUCAAAGGGCGUGGCAGGUGUCUUCCUCAACUCCGCUUCUCUCGUAGCUGAUGCAGCGCAUUCUCUUUCGGACAUGUUCUCGGACAUGGUGACGCUCUUCUGCUGGAAGAUGUCUCAGAAGCCUCCGUCUCGGACUCAUCCUCUUGGCUAUGGAAAGUACGAGACGAUGGGCGGGCUGGGAGUCUCUGUGGUGCUAGUAGGAGGAGCGGCAGGGAUCGGACUGCACUCUUGGGGACUCCUUUUGGAAGCCAUUGGUCCCAUGCUAGAGACUGCUCCCGUCUGGAUCAAGACUCUAGGUAGCUGGUCCGGCGCUCUGGCUCAAUGGGGUGGGCACAGCCACGGGGCCGAAGUGUCACACACGGCCGAUGGAGUAGCAGGACUCCUGGACCCAAAUGCAAUGUGGUUCGCCCUGGCCAGUGUGCUGGUCAAGGAGUGGCUCUACCGCGCCACGUUGAAGAUUGCAAAGGAGGAGAACAGCAGUGUGCUCGAGGCCAAUGCCAUUCACCACCGCUCCGACUCCCUCUCUUCUGGCGUCACCUUUCUUGCGAUCGGGGGGUCAUGGCUAGGAUUCCCCAUUCUGGAUCCUCUGGGUGGUCUGCUUGUAGCAGCUCUCAUCGGCAAGCAGGGCUUUGACCUCCUUUGGUCCGCUCUGUCGGAGCUGUCAGAUAGGGGGGUGGACUUGGAAGUGCUGGAGGGCUUCGAGUCGGCCAUGAGUGCCCUGCAGGGUGACGAGAAGCUCGGUCUGGUCGAGUGGCGGGAUCUGAGAGCUGUCAAGAGCGGCGUCAGUACAUUCGUCGAUGUGACACUGGUUUUGGGCGGCCAGACCACUCUGAACGAGGCACGCGUGGUGGAAGACAGGGUGCGGGAGGCAUUGAUUGAAGCUCACAAGGGUGUCAAGGAGGUGCGGGUGCACUUUGCUCCAGCAUGA